UUCAGGAUGAAUCUGGAAAAACUCAGCAAACCAGAACUACUGACGCUGUUUAGCAUCCUUGAGGGGGAAUUGGAAGCAAGAGAUCUUGUCAUAGAAGCCUUGAAGGCCCAACAUAGAGACACGUUCAUUGAAGAACGCUAUGGGAAGUACAACAUCAGUGAUCCGUUAAUGGCUUUGCAGAGAGAUUUUGAGACCCUGAAAGAGGGAAAUCAUGGUGAAAAGCAACCAGUAUGCUCCAAUCCCUUAUCUAUUUUGAAAGUGGUGAUGAAACAUUGCAAGAAUAUGCAGGAAAGAAUGUUAUCCCAACUAGCUGCUGCAGAAAGCAGACACAGAAAGGUGAUACUGGACCUGGAGGAGGAGAGACAGCGGCACGCCCAGGACACGGCGGAGGGGGAUGAUGUCACCUACAUGCUGGAGAAGGAGCGGGAGCGGCUCACCCAGCAGUUGGAGUUUGAAAAAUCCCAAGUGAAAAAGUUUGAAAAAGAACAGAAGAAGCUGUCAAGCCAGUUGGAGGAGGAAAGGGCACGCCACAAGCAACUGUCUUCCAUGCUUGUAGUGGAGUGCAAGAAAGCCACUGCCAAAGCAGCUGAAGAGGGGCAGAAGACAGCAGAAUUGAGCUUGAAAUUGGAAAAAGAGAAGAGUAAGGUGAGUAAACUGGAAGAGGAGCUGGCGUCCAAGAGGAAGCGGGGUUUACAGAUGGAAGCACAAGUAGAAAAGCAGCUCUCAGAGUUUGACAUUGAAAGAGAACAGCUGAAAGCCAAGCUGAACAGAGAAGAAAACCGUACAAAAGCACUCAAAGAAGAGGUGGAAUCUCUGAAGAAAACCCUGAAAGAGCUAGAGGCUUCUUGCCAGGAGCACAGUCCUGCCGAGCUUUUGCAGCCAAGCCCCUCGGUGAUGUCCAGAAGUGUUGCAACUGACAGUCCCACAGUGAAGUCUGUGUCUUGCCAGACAGAGUGUCUGCAGGCAGACCGAGCAAAUCCUGCCAGCACAAGCAAAGCUGUACACGCUAUGUUUCCCAGCCCCACUACACCUGCUCAUUCCUAUGCAAAAUCCAAUGGUCAUUGUGAUACAGACAUGCAAACAGGUAGUGAGUUACUGCAGACAAAUGCAGCAGAGAACCAAGUUCAAAAGGAGAAAUCUGCUGGCGCAGCCUCAGAAAACGCAGUUGAGAAUGGAAGUUCCCCUGUAAGAACAGAGUCACCGGUGCAUCUGAUGUCCCAGCUCCCUUCUAGUGGGGUCUCGCUGUCUCCCGGUGGCACAGCUGCCUCCUCUCUAACGCCUUCUCCCUGCUCCUCACCAGUUCUGACUAAGCGCUUAGUGGGAGCUUCAGCAAGCAGCCCUGGUUACCAGUCAUCCUACCAGGUGGGGAUCAAUCAACGUUUCCAUGCAGCUCGGCACAAGUUUCAGUCUCAAGCUGAACAGGACCAUCAGUCGAGUGGUCUGCAGAGCCCACCGUCACGGGAUUUGUCUCCUACUCUAGCAGAUAACUCUGCCGCCAAGCAGUUGGCCCGCAAUACCGUCACUCAGGUCCUUUCCAGAUUUACCAGCCAGCAGGGACCUAUUAAACCUGUCUCCCCUAACAGCUCACCUUUUGGCACAGACUAUCGAAAUCUGGCAAAUGCUGUCAGCCCCAAGAACGAAUCUGGUCACUCUCCAAGCCCUGGCAAGGUUUCCAGUCCACUAAGCCCGUUGUCUCCUGGAAUUAAGUCGCCAACCAUUCCUCGAGCAGAAAGAGGGAACCCUCCGCCCAUUCCUCCAAAGAAACCCGGCCUCGCUCAGUCACCUGCUGCUCCUACUCCACUAACCAAAUCCUCUUCCCAGGCACCCUCUCUGGGUGCCCCUAUGGACGUGGCCAGUAGCUGCUCUAACAAUGCUGUCGUGUCCAAUGGCAAAGACAUGGAGAUUCUCCUGCCAACUAGCAGCUAGUCUCCAGAAAAUGUGAAUGUGACAUUCCAUGGCUUAGCAUCCUAGAGCUAAGACACUGUUUUUCCACUCCAUGUUAUUUAUUUCCAUAGUAGCAGAUUCUGUCUGUAUAAAGCAUUUAGUAUAUUUUUUUUCUUUUGUAAUAGGUAGGAAGAUAUUUUUGUUUAUGAAGAAACCUUAACUACAGCUAUACAGUAGCCUCAAAAUGUCUCAUGGCAACAGUCAAAUCAUUAGAGAUAACAGGAACCAUAAUCACCUGGUGGGACCUAACUAUCAAACUCUAAUGGGACUGAAAUGCUACUUUUAAAUUAUGCAGAAAUAACUUUUGCAGACUUUUUACUCCAGAUGAACAUUUUAUAAAAAGUGCCUGAACUAA